AUGGCCUUCAUCGAGCCACGCCUCAUCCACUUGCUGAACGAUUCGACCACGCCACAGCUCGCUCGCGCUGAUCUGCCACCGCUACGCCUGGCAUAUUCUCGCCCCUCCGAGCGACCCUUACCCCUCGAGCCCGACACGAGCCAUCGCGAAGACAAGAACAAGGCCCCUCUUGCCACCAGCCAUGGAGCCCCGCUCGCUACUUCGAGAGGGGUUGACGAAAGCUUCGCCGCAAGAGAACUGAGAAAGGAAGACGAUGGCAUCGCCGAUAGAGGGCCAGUCAGCAAUACCGCAUACAUGCAAUUAAGACUGCUCGUGGCCGAGGAGCGAGACGCGACGGACUCCUCCUUUUCCCUCAGCAAGAUCCUUGACGAGGUACCUGACAGCAAAGAAGAUACGACCAACAAGAAGAGACAUAGAACCAUUACAACCAAGGAUGACUUUGUGCAACUACCGCAGCCGGUAAAGAAGCAGAAGCCAAUCCAACCUCAAGUUAUGCCGGCUAUGCCGCCUAUCAUCAAUGGCCUUCAUGAGCCUCCGCCCGACGCCGCCCUGUUCCCCCCGAUUGCCUCUAACGAUUUCAACGAACCCGAGAAUAACCAGCUCAAGCCGCUGCGAGAAUACCCUCCUGUUGCCGAAGAAAAGGAGGCCGAGAAGCCUGUAGAGACCGAGCCGCCACCAAGCAAGAAUUCAAGGGCGGGCGGUGGCAAGACCAGGAAGAAAGCUAUGAAGCCGAGACGGAAAUGGUCGGAGGCAGAAACGAAUCACUUGCUUCUCGGUGUCAAUCGACAUGGCGUAGGCAAGUGGACUGACAUCCUGGCGGACCCUGAUUUCAACUUCAACGACCGCACAGCGGGCGACUUGAAGGAUCGAUUUCGAACCUGCUGCCCGAACGAGCUCCGACGGAAAAGCAGUGACACCAAGCUCGCCUCAAUUUCCGCUCCACCGACAACACCAACUGAGCCCAAGGCGAAAGUUAGGACUGGCCUCCAUUCCGAAAAUAUUCUCAUCGCCCAAGAAGAACCUGCAUUUGCUGAGCAGUUACAAGUGGCACAGAAUGACACGGACGGUUUCCCCAAGACCAAAAAAAGCCGGGCCCACCGGAAGAAACUGGAGGACUUGGCCGAGCUGGGUAUCCAUGGUCCUUUCAAGAAAUCUCACAGACGAGAACGACGACCAUUCACCGACCAAGAUGAUAAGCAAAUACUCGAAGGUCUGGAUAAAUAUGGACCUGCGUGGACGAAGAUUCAAAGAGACCCACGCUUUAGCUUGUCGGGGCGGCAGCCUACCGACCUUAGGGACAGAGUUCGAAACAAGUACCCGAGUGUGUAUCAAAAGAUUGAAAAGGGGCUUUUCCAGAUCAAGGACGGUAGAGGCGGCGACACUCUUGAACCGAGUGUCAGUAUGAGCAUCACCAACACUCUGCAGCCUAACAGACCACCUCCUAUUGAGGCGGCGCUGAACAAAACCAAUUCCAAAGAGGACUUGCCCAGAUGGCCCCUUUCUAUGCUUGACAACGGAGAGUCGCCAGCUGUUCAGCAGGCUUUCGACUUUGGCGAGACAACAACAGCCGCCUUCAUGGGUAGCGCAGGCGAGAUGGACAUCUCUCGUCUUCUGCUUGAUGAUUCGCAGGUCGCUAGCUUGCCUGUGCGGCAAUAUGCGCCUGAUAUGGUACCCGAACCUAUGUCGCCUUGA